GGGGGGGGGGGGUGAUAGGGAUUAUUAAGGUGGUGUGGAAAUAACAAGGGCACUGCCUGGCAUGGAAGUGUGGCACAGGAGGGGGCACAGUAUACUGCCAUCAUUUACAUUAAUGAACAGAUUGUUGUUUGGGGGGUGGCAGUGAGCCAAGGCACACUGCUCGGGCUCACACAGCUCACUACUGUGGGUGCCAAUAAAUCACAGGGCAAUAAAAAGUAAAACAAACACAUCCAUUGUAUAGUUGACUCACUUUCUAUAUUCUUCCUGCAUAGAUUCCAGUUGUGAAGACUAGAAGGUUCCCUGGAUUUUCUGAAUUCCGGGGCCGUCAUUCUAGCUUCUGGUGCAGUCGUCUGGCUAUGCACGGCUGUCAAGAUUUUAGAGUGGCCAAAUGGCUUGGUGCAGAAUAUGCUGCAUAUCACAGAGGAGACUUACCACAGCAGAUCUGUGACAGUGAAGGAUACAAGUUUCCCAAUUACUGUGCAUUUAAGAGCAAACAGUGUCUGAUGAAGAAAGACUAUCACGAAACGCUGUAUAGGACAGAAUGCUAUCAGACAAAACGAUACAAUGAGCUCAGCCCAGAAGAGGCAGAGGAAGAAGUCCAAAGGUGGAUUGACGAAAGUGAUUUGUCUUAAGGUUCAUCAUGGCAUACCGUACAGUAGCCAAGAUCUGAACCAGAGAAACCAAAUCAAUGAGCUCAGCCCAGAACAGGCAAAAGAAGUACAAUGUUACAAACCUACCUUUGUAACCCCUUGCUCUGAAGAAAAAAAAUCUA